CCUCUCUCAUUUCCAGGACCACAAUUCCCAGAGACUUCAGCUUCCUGGCGGUUCUCUUUUUACUCUAUCUCUUCUUGAGCUGGCUGGGCUUCGCCGACCAGCCGGCGCACAGCCACGACGUGACCCGUCGUGACCCGGCACAGGGUUUCCUCAGCGGCUCGUUUUCCUCCUCACUCAGUUAUCCCCUUUUCAGGCUGUCGCGGCUGGUCUGAGCGGUGACCUGGCGGGCCGCGCCUGCGCUCUGCCCCGUUUCCUGCCUGGCUGGUGGCGGCGGCCAUUUUGUUCAUCCUCCUCCUCCUCCUGCUCCUCCUGGUUGGAGCGCAGUGUCCGGAGCGGGCUGGGGGGAGAGAGCCCGAGAGCGGGGUUCGGUGCCUUUUCCUCUGUCCCCAGCCGGUGCCCGUAGCCCCCCUCCCCUUCCUCCCCACCCCCUCCCCUCCCCGGCCCUGCCCUCCCCCUUGUCCCGGGAUCGCUCCGUCGCACCCACCAUGAUGGAAGACGACGGGCAGCCCCGGACUCUAUACGUAGGUAACCUCUCCAGAGAUGUGACAGAAGUUCUUAUUCUUCAGUUAUUCAGUCAGAUUGGACCCUGUAAAAGCUGUAAAAUGAUAACAGAGCAACCCGAUAGCAGAAGGGUCAACUCUUCUGUUGGAUUUUCUGUUUUGCAGCAUACAAGCAAUGACCCAUAUUGCUUUGUGGAAUUUUAUGAACACAGAGAUGCAGCUGCUGCAUUAGCUGCUAUGAAUGGGAGAAAAAUUUUGGGAAAGGAGGUCAAAGUAAACUGGGCAACAACACCAAGUAGCCAGAAAAAAGAUACUUCCAAUCAUUUCCACGUGUUUGUUGGGGAUUUGAGUCCAGAAAUUACAACAGAAGAUAUCAAAUCAGCAUUUGCCCCCUUUGGUAAAAUAUCGGAUGCCCGAGUAGUUAAAGACAUGGCAACUGGAAAAUCCAAAGGCUAUGGCUUUGUAUCUUUUUAUAAUAAACUGGAUGCAGAAAAUGCAAUUGUGCAUAUGGGAGGUCAGUGGUUGGGUGGUCGUCAAAUCAGAACCAAUUGGGCCACACGUAAACCACCUGCACCUAAAAGUACACAAGAAAAUAACACUAAGCAGUUGAGAUUUGAAGAUGUAGUAAACCAAUCAAGUCCAAAAAAUUGUACUGUGUACUGUGGAGGAAUUGCUUCUGGGUUAACAGAUCAGCUUAUGAGACAGACAUUCUCACCAUUUGGGCAAAUUAUGGAAAUCAGAGUUUUUCCAGAGAAGGGCUACUCAUUUGUCAGAUUUUCUACCCAUGAAAGUGCAGCCCACGCCAUUGUUUCAGUGAAUGGUACUACAAUUGAAGGACAUGUUGUUAAAUGCUAUUGGGGUAAAGAAUCUCCUGAUAUGACUAAAAACUUCCAACAGGUCGACUAUAGUCAGUGGGGCCAGUGGAGCCAAGUUUAUGGAAACCCACAACAGUAUGGACAGUAUAUGGCAAAUGGGUGGCAAGUACCACCUUAUGGAGUAUAUGGGCAACCAUGGAAUCAACAAGGAUUUGGAGUAGAUCAAUCACCUUCAGCUGCUUGGAUGGGUGGAUUUGGUGCUCAGCCUCCCCAAGGACAAGCCCCUCCCCCUGUAAUACCUCCUCCCAACCAGGCUGGAUAUGGCAUGGCCAGUUACCAAACACAGUGAGCUGGGACUCUAAACAAAAUGUAAUUCAUGAUAGCUUCAAUUUCCUUGUGACACUCUGAAGACAUGAAAGUAGACAUCGGAAAAUGAAAAUAUUUAUUUUAAAAAUUGAAAUGUUUGGAACCUUUAGCACAGCUUUGCUUUGGUGAAGGACACAUGUCUUCUAGUUCUGCCUUUUUAAGUUUUUGUUCAUGAUGGAUAUGAACAUGAUUUUUCUUUGUGUACAAAAACUACAAUAAAGUCAAUUAAGACAAUUCUGACUACAAAUUUUGAUAUAAUAGGAGAAAUGGGUAAUACAUUUUGAUUCUUAGAUACUAUUCCAUUUUUAUCUUGCUGUUCAGUAUUUUAACUCACUGUGUUUUUAAAAGAGCAAAAAAGGGAGGAUCAUGGAAAACUGGGAAUCACAAAUAAGUUCAUCUUGAACCUUGAUACUCCCCUCCCCUCCCCCAAGGUGGACCACAUUUGAAGUCAGCAGAAAAAAAGUGUGAUAUUGAGAAGAAAUGCAUGAUUUUGGAGUCGCUUUGGAGGAAAUACUUUCUCUGUGCCUAAAGAAACUGAAGCCAGACUGAUAAAAGAAAUUUUGCAACCUAAAUAAGGAACAGCAUUGUCUGACUUACUUGAG